UAAUAAGUUUACUAAGAGAACUAAAAGAAAGCAAAUGUCUAAAGUCAAGUAUAUUUUUGUAUUAAUUUCUUGCAUUUUUGCAACAGUUCAAGCCCAAAACUGCUCAGAAGGUUUUGAUCGAUUUGAAGACUCUUGCUAUUACUUUGUACGUUCGCAAUUGGGAUGGUAUGAUGCUGAUCAAUACUGUACUUCUCUUCGACCAAAAACCUACACUGUUCAUCUAGCUUCGAUUGAAAGUCAAAAUGAACAGAAUUGGAUUGCCGACAAGAUUAGGGCAGACAGUAAUCUUAGAGAUAGAAGUGUAUGGAUUGGUUUGAACAAUGCCGAUAAAAAGGAAGGUUGGCUCUGGACUAGGACUUACCAAACUCCAGACUAUAAAAAUUGGGGUUCAGGACAACCAGUAUCUAGCGGAAGAUGCUCGAGAAUGCAUUACCAACAUAGUUAUAGAUGGCAUAAUACAGCUUGUUCUGGAAGAUAUUCUUCAGUAUGUGAAUAUAGUUUAACAGCACCAUGUCCCAAAGGCUUUGAUAGAUACCAAAACUCGUGUUAUAAAGUCAUCCCAACCACCCUUGAUUGGUUUGAAGCUGAGCAAUUCUGUACUUACGCUGUUCCCGACAAAUAUAAUGUACACUUAGCUAGUAUUGAAUCUUCAGGAGAACAACAAUUUAUAGUUGAAAGAAUUAGAGCAGAUUCCGCUAAUAGAAAUAGAGAUUUUUGGGUAGGUGGUAACAGAAUCGAUUCUAAGAAAAACUGGGCUUGGGUAGCAAAUAAUAAGAGAUUCUCGUACACAAAUUGGAAUUCCGGAGAACCAUCCGGAUCCGGCCAAUGCAUGUGGUUAGACACUGAUUACAGUUACAGAUGGAAUGAUAAAGACUGUAACAGCAACGGCAGUGGUUUCGUUUGUGAAGUUGAAUUAGCAGAUCUUAAUUAAUAAAUAAACGUUUUAAAAGUAAUGGUUAUACAUUAAAAAGCUAAAAAUAUAAAUCGAUAUUUGUAUUGUUUAAAAACAAAAAAAAAGUGUCUACAAUAGGUUUCAAAGAGCUGAUUCAAAAUAAGAAAUAAAUUUGUCUCAAUAUAGGAAAGAAUCGGAAUUUAUAUGACAAAUAGAUAUGACAAUUUUUUGCUUAUCAUACAAUUUACAUUAUCAGACAUAUACAUUGAUUAACAUAUGUCUAUUUUUAAGGUUAAUUCUUGCCAACAAAGCAUAUUUUUUUCAAAUUUUUUAAAUAAUAAUUGUCCUUUUUAAAUAUUUUUAGAAUAUCAUUUAUUAUAGAGCCUAGUUGUUAUUUUAGAACGAUCUAUUUACAUUCGGUUCAUUCAUUAAUGCAGAUCCACUUGCACAGUAAUUUAAGAUGGAAUGAAAGCAAAAAUUCUUAGCUAAAGUAUAAUCUUGCCUAUAUUUCGUGAGUUUCAUGUCAAUAUCUUGAAGGAGUAUAACUUGUUUUAGCAACAAGCGCCCAUACGGUAUGGAGAUAUUAUCGUAAGCAUUCCCUUCGCAAAAAAAACGAAGGCUGACUUAACAUUUGAUAAACUGAUGUGUAUAUACAUUUUGGAUAAAAACUAUAUACAACCCUGAACCAGAUUAUUUUAUCUGUUUGGAAAACUAAGGGAGAUAAUUCGGUUAACCCAUUUCAAAGUUAAAAACGAAUUGCAGAGGACAGUUGAGCCAUUUUUUAGGGCAAACUCAAUAGUUUUUUCUGAUAAAAUAGGCCUACUGUCACCUAAGUGGCCCACUUGUAUAGACAAUCAUGGAGCUUAUGAAGUCAGGUCGCUCUUUCUUAGAAAUUUGAUAUUAUUACCAACAAAUUUAA